AUGACCCACGAGUCUGUUUACUACAGUCGUCCCAGGACCUACGGCAAGGGAAGCCGCCAGUGCCGCGUCUGCGCACACAAGGCCGGUCUCAUCCGCAAGUAUGGCCUGCUUGUCUGCCGUCAGUGCUUCCGUGAGAAGGCCUCUGAUAUUGGCUUCAUCAAGUACCGGUGA